UUUUUCCGGCGGGAACGGCUUUUCAUGUCCCCUAAUCCGUUAAGUUUGGUUAGAAAAACGGUUUGAGGUGCGUGAACCGUAAACAAACCCCGCCAUUCGUGCAGCCGUCACGUGUGAUUGUUAUGCCCCUUCAGAGCGGAUGUUUCCCGCCAGUUGGUCAGACCCAAUGUGAUGAAGCCUCAUCCGCAAAUCGAGCACACUCCAGAGGUUUCCAGCAGAAGAAGAGCCCUCUUUCCAGACAGCUCCCCGUGCGACGACGAUCUAGGGUGCAUAAGUCCGCUGGACUUCGACGAGGACUGUGCCAAAAACGUCUUUUCCCACGACACAUGUGUCAGCGAUUAUGACAUCAUUGGUCUCGUGGAAAAGGGCCACACAGUCCACACACCGAACAACACCAACAUCACUACUAAAGUCUUCACGCCUUCCACCACCAAUGAAUCGCCAACACAGAAACUCAAAACGCCACAUGAUGCAUACACCAACACAAUUUUUCCUAAAUUAAUACGUAGUAAAACGCAAGUUGACACAGCCCCUAACCAAGACUGCAAAAAUCCGAAAAUACGUACCGCUCUCUUUCCUGACAAAGACAUGUCUCUCCCUUCCAGAAAGUUUUACCCCAAGUCCGAUAACGAGGUCCUGCCACGACCCUUUGCCCUCACCAAGAGACCCAACCCCACAAAGGGGCGCAAAAGAAACCCCCAUUUCUUGUGCAACAGGAGGAGCAAGUUCAGUCGAUCAGGGCAAAUCAACGCGGGAGUCAGACACAAGAUAAAAAAGCGAAAAAUCCGCAAAAUCAGCAAAAUUGCAGCCCUCGAGGCCGCAAUUAACAUAAUCGAAAACUCUCCUCUCAAUACAGUCCUUGAUUCAACUGAGUCGAUCGAAGUGUGCCCUGAAUCCAUCCAGGUCGCCCCCGAAGAGCCCCCUCGCGACCCAACUCCCAGUCCCGAACCCGACCCCACAAAAAAAUUCUUCAAAUCUUGCCGUCACAAAGCCGUAGUCACAGUAAACCCCAACAUAAAACUCGAAAUGAACAACGGACGGAUUAGUUUAAUUCAGAACAAGAACCCGCUGAAACGGCCGAGAGUGCAAGAGGGAAUCAGCCCCAAACGUCCAAAAUUGGACUUCGAGCCUGAGAAACCCCUAAUUCCCGAUGAGGAAAUUUCGAAUAUUAUCGAUUCUCUGGAAGAUAAAGAAAACGAGGGGAAAAAUCCGGACUUGUUGAUGUCCCCCACGUCUCAGAUGUGUAACAUGACCUCGGGACUGGCUCUAAACAGUCCGAAAAAAGCACGGGACUUGAGCUCGGUUCUGGAGUCGAUGCCGUCGAAUGAUAAGAAAUUAUUCCCGGUUUUCUAUCCAGGGAAAACUGCCUUACCGACCCCAACCAAGGAGAAUAAGGUGUUGAACGUAGCGAAGAAGUUUAGGCCGAUUUCCAAGGACCAGAUGUUGCUAGAUGCGGGACAAAAGAGAUGGGGGGUCACCCAGUGCACCGAGUGUAAAUUUAUUUAUCAUAUGGGAGACCCGGGUGAUGAAAUCAUGCAUCUGAAUUAUCACAACGCCGGCCAUAUUUUCCGAUAUACUGGUUGGAAAAACGAACGCGUCGUCUCCAGCGACCUACGCAACGGUAAAGUCAUCCAAAUUGUACCGGGUGACUCAAAAAUCUGGUGGAAGAAAGUCAAAGAGGUGAUGGAAGUGAUCAACCGCGAUUUGGGGUACUUUGAUAUUGAAUUCAACACAGCUAACUCACAGAUAUUUUUCUACGUCAAAAGUAAAGUUAUAAUCGGGGCUUUGGUGGCGGAAGUCAAAACAACCGGUCAUAAAUUACUAACAACCCACCAAGACCAAGUCGACUUAUGUUCAGAGGAGUCCUACCCUGUGAAAUGUGGGGUUUCCCGGAUUUGGGUGGCCCGCAACCAUCGACAAAAGGGCGUAGCAACGGCCCUUAUGGACGCACUUAAGAGAAACUUCGUAUUUGGCGCGAUUUUAAUGAACGAAGACAUUGCCUUGAGCUCCCCAACUGAAGACGGGAAAAUUUUCGGGGCAAAAUAUUUCAAAACGCCGAACUUUUUUAUUUAUUUUGUAUAAUUAUUUAAUGCCAUAUACCUUUUUUGUAUACCUGCAUGUUCUAGACAUUUUUUGAGAAUUUUAGUAUAAAUAAAUGUUCUCCUCUUAUU